AUGGUGCUCAAUAAAGAGACUCGCCAAAUCAAGUUUUCUAUUCAGAAACCCAAACGGCCGCCCCUCAGGCGCAGCAGCCAGCCGGCGUGUGUGCGCUGCCGCCGCCGGCACGCCAAGUGCGACGGCAACGGGGGGCCUUGCUCCCAGUGCGCGGCUGCUCGCAAGAACUGCGAGUACCAGCAGGCCGAGCGCAAGGUGCUGCUCAAGGAGUCUGCCGUGGCGGAGAUGCGCGACCACGCGGCCCAGCUGGCCGCCGAGAAUGCGCGGCUGCGCGCGCUGCUCGACGGCGCGACGCCGUGCAAGGGCCACAGUCUUGUUGACUCCGAGCUGCACAGCGCACUGUUGCAAGAUAACCCGGCAGCCAUAACCAGCAUAACCGUCGUGGUGUCCAAAAUCGGCCAUAUCUGCAAUGUCGCCAUCGGCACCGCUGCCGCACAGGUGUUUCUGCCCUUUUACAACGACGCGCUCGCCGCCAUAGACACGUUCGAAACGUACACCGCGGGCUAUUAUUUCUUCAACGAUGGAGUGCUCAGGCAGAAAUUGUACGAGUUAUACGACGCCGACGAAAUCGAUAGCCUGCCCUCGCACGCCACCGCGCUCCUCAUCUGCCAGCUCGAGCUCGUCCUCGCCCUCGCGGAGCUGUUCCAGAACCCCAAACCGUGUGCUGCUCCCGUCCGGCUGUUCGGGCUGCUCUUGGCGUCAGGAACAGUUCACAACGUCGCAGACACCGUCGGUCUCGAGACUCUGCUGCUGUACAGCUACUUCCUCCUCCAGACGCACGGCCCCGACGCCGCCAGUUAUACCUCGCAAGCCGCGCGUCUCGCACUCACACACAAGUACCACUGCGCCGCCACAGAGCACCGCCGCCGGCUGCUCUGGACCAUAUACACCCAGGAACGCGCGAUUGCCGCGGCCCAGGGCUCGCCAGUGCUGCUGCACGAUCACGUGCUCCAAUGCGAGCUGCCAGGAACUGCCCGCCUCGAACACCAGCACCCGUUCGUGUUUCCCGACCCGGAACCGCAGCUCGAACUCGUCGCCGUGACCAAACUCAACUGCAACGCCUUACGUAAGCUACACCCGGCGCCCACGAGCUGCGUAGCCCCGGUGCGCGAGAAGGUGGUGGGUCUGCUGCGGUGGAAGCGCGCCGUGCACGAGAGCGUCGACUGCGACUACAGUCUCAAGGAGGUGCACAACUCGCGCGCCACGGCCAACAUCAUGCUCGAGUACUUCCAGGGCCUGAAUCUCGCCGUGCGCCCGCUGCUGCUCGAGCGUUCCGUCGCCCAGCGCGGCCGCGGCUUCAUGAGCCUGCAGGACUGUCCGAGCACACAGCUCUCGCUGCUCAACGCGUCGUUCCAGGCCUCCAUGAACACCGUGCGGUGUCUCUGGAGCCUGUGGGAGAGCGGCCAAUUUGUACAGGGCGGCCGCUCCGAUUUGGAGUACCUGUACAGCGCAGUGGCGACACUCGUGCUGUUCAACGUGACGUUCGGCGUGCACGAGACCACGCGGUUCCACAUCGACCACGCGCUCGCCGUGAUGCACGGCCUGGCGCAGUGCGACGGCGCGCGACUCGGCCGGCUGUUUCUCGCGCAGACCCUUGCGUUGAUGGAGGCUCUGGACGGCAGCGCGCACCCGCUGCUGGCACGGUACCGCACAGACAGUCCGGCAACAAAGCCCCAGGGCUUUGCAGCCAACGUGUCGGUCGACGAGAUGCUCUCUGCUCUGCUUGUCACGUGA